GAGACGGGUGGAGAGCACAGCCGACACAGUCGCUGCUGCCUGCGGAUCCCCGUCUAGACGGACCCACUGCGCUCCAGCUCGGCUGCCUGUGGCUGCGGAGAUGCUGUCCUGCCGCCUCCAGUGCGCGCUGGCCGCGCUCUCCAUUGUCCUGGCUCUGGGCGGUGUCACCUGCGCGCCCUCGGACCCCAGACUCCGUCAGUUUCUGCAGAAGUCUCUGGCCGCUGCCGCAGGAAAGCAGGAACUGGCCAAGUACUUCUUGGCAGAGCUGCUGUCUGAGCCCAACCAGACGGAGAAUGAUGCCCUGGAACCUGAAGAUUUGUCCCAGGCUGCAGAGCAGGAUGAGAUGAGGCUGGAGCUGCAGAGGUCUGCCAACUCAAACCCAGCAAUGGCACCCCGAGAACGCAAAGCUGGAUGCAAGAAUUUCUUCUGGAAGACUUUCACAUCCUGUUAGCUUUAUCAUUAUGGUCUAUGUCAGACCUUUCUGCUCCUUCUCCUCCAAACCCCACCUCUCUUCCUUGACCCCAUCCCCCAAUGCUCAACAAGACCCUGGCAUUAGAAAUUGAAGGCUGUAAAUACAAAAUAAAAUUAUGGUGAAAUUAUGGAAAAUAAGAA